GCGCCCGAAGGAGCGAGCUUUUUUUUUUUUUACCACAACCAGCUAGGAAGGAAAAGAGACAGAAAACAGAAAAAGUGACAAAACCAAACGGUUUGUAAAAUGUCUAAAGUCCAAAGGCUGAGAGCUUUGGUGGAGGAGCGGCUGACUGCGGCUGCUGAAGACAUAUAUGUGCUGUUUGAAAGAAUCAUAGCCGAGUAUGAGGAGGAACUGUGUCGCUCCAAACAGGAGAACGAGAGGAACCAACGGCUCCUGGACUCGACUCUGAGUCCUCAGAGCCCGAGAGUCGUGCUGACCAGAGCCGGUGUCCACAUGUCCUCUCUGAGUCCUGGUCUCACUCUGAAACAGGAAAUCCCAGAGACUCCACAGAUUAAAGAGGAGCCAGAAGAACAGCACAACAAACAGGAGGAAGAGGAGCUGCAAGUGUCUGACCCUGGGGCCAAUGAUGGCUGUGUGAAGACAGAAGAGUCCUCACUGCUUCAACAAAAAGAAACUGAUCACAGAGAGGACAUCAACUCAGAGAUACAUGUCCGCAGAGAGGACAUAAGCUCAGAGACACAUGUCCACAGAGAGGACACACAGGGAGAGGACAUCAGCUCAGAGACACAUGUCCACCCCGAGACUGAGGGAGACACGGAGCACUCUUCUGACACUGACAGUGAUGAAGACUGGAGUGCUCCAAUCUGCUCUUCAGCUGCACAGAUGGAGACAGAGGCAGAUGGAGACCACUACAACCAAGUCCAGAGCAGAGACAAAAGCACCACUGCACCAAACUCAAGUCUAUCCCCCAAAUACAAGUCUGCACCAGAGACCAGAGCCACUGUGGACAAUGGGGACGUGUCAGGAACAGCUGAAGGAACUGCAGACAAGAAACACCAGUCCUCUGUCCGUAAAAAGAGAUUUGGCCUAAAAGGUGAUUUAAAAAAACACUUUAGUAUUCACACAGGAGACAAGCCUUACAGCUGUUCUCUCUGUGAGAAAGCAUUUACUUACAAGAAUAGUCUCACAUACCACAUGAGAACACACACAGAAGACAAGCCUUACAGUUGUUCUGUCUGUGAGAAAGCAUUUACUCACAAGAGUAGUCUUAAAUACCACAUGGGAACACACACAGGAGACAAACCUUACAGCUGUUCUGUCUGUGAGAAAGCAUUUACUCACACGAAUAAUUUUAAGUCUCACAUGAGAACACACAUUGGAGAGAAAUCGUACAGCUGUUCUGUCUGUGAGAAAGCAUUUACUCACAAGAGUAUUCUCACAGAACACAUAAGAACACACACCGGAGAGAAACCUUUCAGCUGUUCUGUCUGUGAGACCACAUUUACUCAAAAGAGUCAUCUCACAUACCACAUGGGAAGACACACAGGGGACAAACCUUACAGCUGCUCUCUCUGUGAGAAAGCAUUUACUCAUAAGUGUUAUCUCACAAAACACAUGAGAAUACACACAGGUGACAAACCUUACAGCUGUUCUGUCUGUGAGAAAGCAUUUAUUGAAAAGAGUACUCUCACAAGACACAUGAGAACACACACAGGAGACAAACCUUACAGCUGUACUGUCUGUGAGAACACAUUUAUUCAAAAGAGUAAUCUUUUAUGCCACAUGGGAACACACACAGGAGAGAAACCUUACAGCUGUUGUGUCUGUGAGAAAACAUUUACUCUAAAGCGUUAUCUCACAAAACACAUGAAAAAACACACAAGAGACAAACCUUAGAGCUGCUCUGUCUGUAAUAAACGAUUUGCUCAGAGCAGAAAGUCACACAGGAGAGAUAUAGGUUGAACAGAGUCUGACACAAGGUUUUUUGCUGUGUUUAUGUGUUACAACAACAGCCAGUUGUUGCCAGUUGAAGAUUAAGAAUAAAAAUAAACGUUUAUGCUUAAUACCUGUGUAAUUACUGAGGCUACCCACUUUAAACUAAAGCAACGUGUUCUGUUUGUGUAACCCAGGUUGAAAUUCUGUCUUAUUAAAAAAGUUUGAC